AUGCCCAAAAAGCCCCAAUUUCUUCCAGCCAACCGACAAGAAGAACUCUCCAAACUCUACAAAGACGCAGUCAUCGGCAAACGAUUCGGAAUGGGAAUUCUUCGAACGCUCUGCUCGAUUCGAACGUUUGUCACAUUGAUUAUCGAUGGAAAAUCCUCAAAAGUAUUGAAGAAAUUCGCUGUUAAACUUUUUUAA